CCCGCAUUGCUGCGUCAGACCAAAAUGAACUAACAGAAUCUCGAACGCGCACAGAACCGGCGCUAUGGAGAACCGAUCGAGUAUUCGAUGUACAAGUGUUGAUAUUGAUCAAUCCAGGUCGAACAACCUGCUGUCGCCAUGGAGAGCUGGGAGCGAGGCCGCGAGGCUUUGUUUACAGAACUGACGCGAAUCUGCAAUCGCAUUGGCUCUGAUGUGGCCGCUGGUGAGCUGAUUUCUUCUGUUGGAUGAGUGAAAUUUAGACUCACACCAACUGUGUAGAAAUCGACGAGGAGAAUGUCACGAGAAUCUCCAAAGAGGAGCUGCAAUCGCUGCAAGACAGAUCAGUCAAGGUGGACGAAUUGACAAGGGAGAAUGGAAGGUUAUUGGAAGAAUUGAAAAAGCCACAUGCGACGACUCUCCAGCUAGAGGAGCUCGAGAAGGAGAAUAAACGCCUGUCCGAAUUACUCGAGGAGUCGCGGAAGAAAGAAAAUACCGUGACUACAAACCCCAGCGGUCAUACUCGCAAUGUACCCAACCCCAUUCCUAUUUCCAAUGAAGCCCCUACGGAAAAGAAGGAGGGCAUGGGAGAUAGGGUAUCGAAGUAUAACCAACUGGUGGAAAAGUUCAAUCGCGUCUACGAAUCCAAGAAAAACGCCAUGGAGGCAUUGGAGGAGCUGAAAGAGAAACAACGCCAGAAAGCUCAAAAGUACUCUGCCCGACAUGAAGAAUUUAGUCAAGCUAUACUUCGCAAGGACGCAAAGAUAAAGAAACAAAAGGAUGUCAUAAUAGAUUAUCGAAAGCGUCUGGGUCUCCCUGAUCUUCAGAAAACGACAAAAAGAGCUGCUUCAGAAGUUUCUACAACUUCUUUUGUAGAAGUAGAUGGGCUCACGGAAAAGGAUGAUGCCUCUGAUCAGAACGCGAUACGUCAGAAACAAAACCCUACUACUGAAAGCAGUAGUUCUGCGCAGGCUCUAUUAGGUCUGUUGGCGCGUCCAAAAGAAAAGCCUGUGAUCGAAGGUAGCAGCAAGUCUCCCAACAGGCAUGAUGUCGAUCAAGACGAGUUUCCUGUCGUUUUUGAACCUCCAGAUCCGACUUACUAUCCAAGUCCAACUGGAGUCCCAAGUUCACCAGCCAAAUCACCACAACUCCCGCCAAAUCUUCUUCAUGAAGGGCGAUUUCAUGUCGAGGAUACACAAUUUGAGCCCACAGAACCUUUUGGUUCCACCCAAGAUGACCCUUUGCAGAACUCAUCCCCACAUGGUUCUGCUCUGUCAGAUAGACUCAACGAUGGCUCAAGGGUAGAAAGCUCAGAAUCUCCCGACUCUCCGGUGUUUAUAUCAAGUCGAAGUGUCAAGAGGAGAAAGCGGCAGAACGACGACGCUGACCAGAACACAUCCAAAGCUAUAAAAGUGGAAAUAAUCACCAGCAGUCCUAUUCUUGCUGCAAAUGUACAAGAACUGGCCCACACUGAAAGCUUUGAUUUGGAUGAUAUAGGAGAGAGGGUAGAUACACCCAAGAAGAGACGUAUGCUUGAGCUUUCCCGGAAGGCUUCUAGACUUUCUUCCGGUUCUCAAAGAAAUGCUUCCUUCGUGGAUAGCCCGCUGUCUCAACUAGUCGCGGUCGUUGACCAAGGUGAAGAGGUUGAAAAUGAAUCUCCAUUACAACCCUUGAACCCAAAUCGACUUAUUCUGCCACGGACGUCAAAUUUGGAUCCAAAAUCCCCUAGAAGAAGGCGAAUUGCGAGUGACACGGCUGUAGCUGCUCUGGGUGAAGAUGAAUCGAUUUCUGAUGAGUCUGGAAAGGGGACUCGAAAAAGUCCGCAUAAUGACAGAAGGUUGGAUGACUUGCUUACAAAAACAUCUCCUCCCAAGCGAAAAUUACGCGCGGAUAACUUGAUUGAUCCAACGACACCUGAUCAACAGAGGCCACCAAGAAUGUCCCACAUCAAUCUGCCAAGUGAGCUUGCAAGAAAUCCAGCACUCAAUCUUGGCUCGAUAAGGGACGAUCAAAUUGAUGGCCUACGAAGGUCUUUGGAGCCAGCGGGACGGUCAUCAAGAGAUGUUUCUCCUCUCCUGGCCGACAGGCCUACCUCAGCUGUGGUGAUGAGAAAGAAAUCUGCGCGGCCGUCUAAAGAUGUGACCCCUGUGUCGAGGCCCACGAAGCGAGUGCCAAAUAGCGAAGCUCCCGUCACCAGAACCUCGUCUGUUGGUAUGGCGGAACGAUUAGUGGAGAGUGCUCCUCGUCCCAGACUGCGUCGAACUGAUAAUCUGACACCACAGUCGAGGCAGUCACGGGUUGGCCAUAAGAACGGCGGCGAGGUACUCGCCGAUUAUAGCUCCACGCCCCUCAGGAGUCUACCACUUGAUGAAUUGAACAUUACUGAUUUUAAGAUCAAUCCCAAUGCCAACCAAGGAUUGGAUUAUGCAUUCAAGGACGUUGUACGUGGUCGAGAUCAGCGACGAUGCCUCCAGGGCUGCACAAAGCCAGAAUGUUGUGGAGACAAGUUUCGUGCGCUUGCUCAGAUAACAAACGACAAUCGAGGUUCUCCAACACUGUCACAAGAAGACGCAGAUAACCUUUUACUAGAGGAGUUCUUGGGUGAUAAUGCACAUAAGCUCCAAAACAUGAGCAAAGAUGAGAGAGACGAGGUUUUACUUCAAGCAAAGACACGCAAAUUAUCGAAUGAUAUCGGCAGACAUCGAAAUGCGCAUGAGAGGAGGAACACACCUCCGGGAUUUUGGGAGACGGAUUUUCCGUCCACACAGGAGCAGAAUGCAACGUGUGCGGCAUCGCGAGAAUUUGAACGUGCGAAUGUAGCAAACCGUUAUGCGCAGGCAAUGCGGCCUGGUGGGAUUUGGAAGUUUCGGGAUGAGUAAUGGUUGCUACAGAUGAGAUGGAGUAUUUGGUAUUGGGCUAUCAUUGUUGCUGGAGUAAGGGAGAAGUAGAUACCCAUAUAGAUUUGUUUUAGCUUGUGUCUUUGGGGAUGGACUUGGGGAUGGACUUGGGGAUACACACUUGUGUUAUUGCCUAGAUGUAGC